CGCUUCUGGUCCCUCAGUUUCUCGGGGGAAGUGGGGGGGACACGCCAUCAAUAGAGACACCCCCACCUCCAAUUAAACCCCCUAUGUAACUAACCCACCUGGCCAGCUUUAUUGGGAAGGGGGGGCAGAAGGGAGCUGCUGUACCUGGAGGCAAAUGGCUGGCCCGCCACCCCAUCCAUGGGUGGGAGAACGGCCUUAACCCCGUCCCCUCACCUGGUGGGGAAAACGCCAGCCUCUCCUGCCCUCUGAAGUCGUCCUCGUCGUCUAAAGGAUGGCUGCCAUGUUCCAGGCCACUUCCCUUCCAAGGAUGGCGAAGGACAAAUACCUUGCAGCAAAACUGAAAAACUAUUUGCGCGAAGACAAAAUCCAGCUAUGGAAGCCUCCAUAUACCAAAGGCAACAAAGAGCCUGGUGAAGAAUUGAAAGCGCUUGCAUUGAAGUAUUCAGCCAAGCUAAAUUAUAAUGACAAUGAAAUAGAGGCCCUUCUGGAAGAAAUACGCUGCAGAGCAGUAGAGCGGGGAGCAGGAAAUGAAGCUUAUAAGACUACAGGAGUGGCAACGCUUGAAGUCGCCUUGCCGAAACGGAUGGGUAAAAUGAGAAAAAAUCUCCUGGAGACAAAACUGGUCAUAACAGGCAAGGAGCUCAGAUCUCAGAUAGCGCAAACAUAUGGAUUUGAAGAAAGCUGCAUCAAAAUAAUUGCAAAUAAGAAGCAACUUGACCUGGGAAAGACGUUAGAGGAACAGGGUGUAGCGCAUAACGCCAAAGUCAUGGUGCUUGAGCUGAAGUUCAGCGAGGAGGAAGUCAAGAGACGGGUCCAUGAAGAGGAAAGGCAAUGUGAAGAGGAGACAAGGGAGAAGGAAGAAAUGAGCCAGAGGAUUCGGAGAACGAAAAAGGGCAUAGAAAUUCUUGCCAAUAGACAGGAAAUGUUGGAUACAGACAGGAGACCUUAUUUAGACAUAGCAAACCAAACUGGAAGACCCAUCAAGAUUCCUCAAGAACCCAAAAAAGCUCUUAUGUUAGCUAUGGGACAUCAUGAAAAAGGCCGAGCGUUGUUAAAAAAGAAAGAGUAUGCAGUGGCUUUGCCGUUCCUGUUGGAUGCAGAUAAACACUUCUGUCAAUGUGGUUCGGAGCUCCUGUCCAUGGUUGAUAAUUAUGGCGUGCUGCAGCUGGACAUCGUCUGGUGCUAUUUCCACUUGGGACAGCUGGAUUGCCUUGAUGAUGCUGAGAAGAAGCUUCGAGCCGCCCGUGAUUGCUUCAACAAGUGCUAUGGAGAGAACCAUGAGCGGCUUGUCACAAUAAAGGGAAGUUCUGGAAGAGAGAAGGCAUUAUUUCUAAGGCUUUAUUUACUGGAAGGAAUAAGUCAUUAUCAUAAUGGCAGAGAAAAAGAAGCUGCUGAGCAUCUUCAGAAGGCGCAGAACUUGUUUCAAGAGUUGUCCAUAGAUCCUGAGAAGGUCAACAGCUUGCUGCUUCUGGGGUUCUCUGCUCAGGAAGCUCGACUUAGUCUCCGAGCUUGCGAUGGAAAUGUGGAGCAUGCAGCUAGUCAUAUUUCCAACAGGAGAGAGGAAAAGGCUCAAAUAAGGAGAGAAGAGAGAGCCAAGAGGAGAAAGCGAUUAGAAGAUAUCAACUCCUUGAAGAGUAUGGGUUACUCUGAGCGAGCUGCGAGAGAAGCUCUUCAUGAGGCCAAAGGAAAUCUUGAAGAAGCAGUUCAGAUCAUACUUGGCAACCCAAAAUUGCUCCUGGCAGCUGACGAUGAUCCAGUGCCAGCGGACCAGUUUCAGGUUCCUCAAGAAAGUAUCACUCAAUUGGUGUACAUGGGCUUUGCUCCAGAGAUGGCCGAGCAAGCUUUGAAAAUCUUCAGAGGCAACAUUCAGCUGGCUGUGCAGACACUGGCCCAUUAUGGUGGGUCCUUGCCAGACGAUCUGCAGACCUCUUCGGACGGCACAGCCACCUCAGAUGAAUCUUCUUCAUCGAAAGACUCUCCGACUAGUUCUGCGGGUGUUUCUGGGGCGUCAACUGAUGAAGACAUGGAAGUAGAUGCUGUCAAUGAAAUCAUAGAGGAUAUUCCAGAACAUGAAGAAGAUUAUUUGGAUCUAACUCUGGAAGAGGAAGAAGUUGUCAUCAACGAAUAUCUCUCUUACGUACAGCAUCUUCUGUUACAGUACAAGCCGCCAGACUGUUAAAGGCUGCAGUCCCAGUUACGUGGAUCAUUAGGUUUGGAGCUAUUGCACAGAUAAAAUUGGUUAUAUGUUCCACCAAAAUCAGUGGGUAAAGUUAGUCAGGACUGACUUAAAUGCAACUACAGUAAUGUCAGCCAGGGCCUUGGACUUCUAUACUUAGAUUGCAGUACAUCUGCUCCUGUCUCUUUUCUAGAUGCCUUAAGUUCAAUCAGUUCUAAUUUCAAAGCAUUGGUUUCUGUAAGAUCUAUUAUUAUUAUAUUAUUGUAAUCAAAUUGUUAUUACUGGAGAGUAAUGGCAAUUAUAGAAGAAAA